CGAUCGUCCGAUCCCAUACGCCACAACUAAAACAAAAAACAAACUCAUCUAUUUCUCACAACACAUCUGCAGCCAUGGCCAAAGCAAAAACGUUCUCUCUCAUAAUCCUCCUCCUCUCCUUGCUGGCCAUUUCCUUCCCAACAAACUCCCAAGAAUUCUAUAGUACUAAAUUGUCCAAGAGAGAGAUGAGGAGAGAACAGCUAACUCGCCUCCACUUCUACUUCCACGACGUCCUCUAUGGCCGCCACCCGACGGCCGUGGUGGUGGCGCAAGCCGCAACCACGGCCUCCUACCCCUUCAAGUUUGGUGAAACGCUGAUCAUCGAUGAUCGGCUGACGGUGGGGCCGAACCUGAGCUCGAGGGUGGUGGGCCGAGCUCAGGGGAUGUACGCGUCAACCGAUAUGGGCGACGCGGGGCUCUUGAUGGUGUUCAAUUUCUUCUUCACCGAGGGGAGGUUCAACGGGAGCACGUUGACCGUGGUGGGGCGGAACGCGGUGCUCUCAGCCGUGAGGGAGAUGCCGAUCGUCGGCGGAAGCGGCGUUUUCCGGUUUGCGAGAGGGUACACUCGGACGAGGACACAUUUGCUUGAUUUGAAAAGGGGAUAUGCUGUGGAGGAGUAUCAUGUUUAUGUGUUUCACUAUUAAUCUUCAUGUGUACAAACUCUAAACUCAUCGAAAUAGUGUCAAUGCCCUUGUGAACACAUUGUAAAAUUUUAAGAUUUUGAUGUCAACACAGCAUCGUGCCGUUGAUACUGUGUUGUCAUUUUCUAUUGAUGUUAUUUUAUUAUUAGUUGAUAUUUUUUAAUGGUCCAGAUUAUAAUUUAGAGUUUCUAAAAUAUUUAGAGUUCAAAUUUAAUUACAUUUUAUAACAUAUGUGAUAGUAUUUUAUAUGAAUAUAUACAAUGAAUAAUCUCUUUAUG